AUGGAUGAUGUGCAAUCGAUUCCACAUGCCAAGCGUUCUCGUGAUGAAGCUAGCAAGAUAUUGGGUGAAAAAAUGCUUCAGGGUUGGGUAUUGCUAGGUGCAAGUUGUCCCGUUGGGGACUGCUAUACGCCUCUUAUGCGUAAUCAUAAGGCACAGAUGUUCUGUGUAAGGUGUGAUCAAUAUGUAGUCACUGCAGAAGAUGCAAAGAAGCAGCACAUGGAGAAGGAGGCUGAAGAACGGGCGUUUGUAGAGAAGGAAAAGACCGAGGCUGAAGAUCAAUUGGAGGAAGAGCGCAGGCGCCAUAUUGAGCAACAGUUUCGCUUGGAAGAACAAGCCAAGCAGGCUAGAGACAUGCAGGAGCUCAACCGGACAACGUUGCAGUAUUCGGACGCUUUACAAGGAGCUGCAAAGCGCAAGAUUGACAAUAUGGUGAGCCAAAGCACGUCUGACGGCGACGUGAAUACUGUUCGUCGGCAGACACUUGCUGCACUUUAUCAGAAAAUGGAAGCUCUGACGGACUCGCUUUCGCCUACCGACCACGGCGAACGUCUUCUUUCCGUUGCCAAAGCUGUGCGAGAGAUUGCUGAAGCUGCGCAGCUGUUGAAGAAUUGA